AUGGCGGCGCCCGUCCUGAGAGUGUCCACCCCUCGGUGGGAAAGAAUAGCCAGGCUUCUAGUUUGCCUGCUGGGCAUAAUGCUGUCUCUUUAUGCUUUUCACGUCGAGAGGGAAAAGGUCCGGGACCCGAGUUAUAAGGCUAUGUGCGACGUCAGCAGCUCCAUCAGCUGUUCAAAAGUCUUCAGCUCAAGGUGGGGUCGAGGAUUCGGACUCCUGGGCUCAAUUUUUGGAAAUGACAGUGCACUGAACCAGCCCAACAGUGUCUACGGGAUUGUCUUUUAUGCUUUUCAGCUCUUACUAGGAAUGACUGUCAGUGCAAUGGCCGCCCUUAUUCUCAUGACGACAUCCAUCUUGUCGGUGGUGGGCUCGCUCUACCUGGGCUACAUCCUCUACUUUGUCCUAAAGGACUUCUGCAUCAUCUGCAUCACCACAUACGCGCUGAACUUCAUUCUCUUUAUCCUCAACUACAAGCGACUGGUUUACUUGAACGAGGCCUGGAAGCAGCAGCUCCAGGCUAAGCAGGACUAAAGCUGUCGGGAACGGCAAGAGAAAUACGACAAACAAACAAACGAGAAAAAAGAUAAAAAAGAAAGAAAAGAAAUGUGACCUCUGAACAUUUUUGACUUGCCACCAGGAGACCUUGCUUCCAAUGUUUAUUCUGCUGUGUGUUCAAAAAAACAAACAAAAAAUGAAGAAAUUUAACUUAAAUGUUGGGCCUGACACCUCUAUGUUGAUUGCAAAUACGGAAGGAUUUAUAAAUGAAUGGGUUUUUUUUUUCUUUUUUAAUUUCUUUUACCUUGUUUAACAUUGUACUCACUUAAGGAAGGGGGGCUGGCUGUGUGCGAGUGUGUAUGUGCGUGCGCUCGUGUGUGGAGGGGAGACGCAUCCACCCGAGCAAGCAGAGGCAGAAGGCCACGAUACAGAACGAUGGAGGACAUCUCUCUUUUUGAACAAAAAAAGGAUCGCAGAACGGAAGAAAAACGGGACAUUAAAGGGGAUUACUUGAACUGGUUAGAAGGGUCCUAUUACUCCAUAUAGCAGAUCUGCACUAAAACUCUUGAGAGAGGGUCCCAAAAUUGGAGGAAAAAAACACUCAUUAGGUUAUCGUACAGUUUGCAGAUAAGGUUCUACAGCAAGGUGAGGUUGGGGGCAAAACGAUUAACAUUUAUACAGAAUAGUUUUGUUUUUGUUUUUUCCAUGUUUACACUUUGUAGUACGUUUCUGUUUUUGAAGAGGACCACUAAAAAUGAACACGGGACAAUGUGAGAUAUAUUGUGUGUAGAUCAGUCAGAUACUAGUUUGUUUUUUGCAAUUCUGUAAAUAGCUGCUGAGCAAUAUUCCAGGCUAGAUUGUGAUUUUAAGUGUUGACACAAACCUUUAUGGAAUUAUAAAAAAAAACAACAACAACAACAACAACUGACAAAAGCAGAAAACGUCAGUAAAACCCGGAACAAACAAACAAACAAACAAACAAAGAAAAAAAAAGGAGGAAAAAAAAGGUGAUCAACGUCACAGUUAGGUGGACGAAGUCUGAAGAUGUGUUCGCGGUCAGCGCAGGGGACACACACACCUCACGUCACCUGCUGAUCCCGGUCAGGCAUGCGGUUCAGAGUCGUGUGGAUUUCUUUGUUAUAAGUGGUUAUUGUUUCAACCGAAGCC